UCAAUUAAUCCCCAAAUCUUCCAUGAUUCUUUCUCUGGAUUUUCUGUUGUUGAGUUGAAACAUUCAUUUCGUGGUAGAGGAGGGGGUGCAAUGGUCCGCGAGUUCUUGGCCGUGUUGGCGCGCGCGGUGCUGCAGUGGGCGCUGGCGUCGCUGCUCCUCGCCAACGGCGCCGCCUUCUGCCUCAUCGCCGCCGUGGCCUCGUCGCUUCGCCUCGGCCCGCCCUGCCUCCUCUGCGCCCGCGUCCACCGCUUGCUAUGCUCCUCCUCCUCUGACGUCGGCUGCAGCCAAGAACAAGACGCCUUCCGCCGCCUCCUCUGCGACGCCCACGUCGCCGCCAUCGCGCAAAGGACGUGCUCUCCUUCCGAUCACGUCGACAGAGGGACGAAACAUGAUUCGGAUAAACCUGGAGGUCUGGAGGCUCACCGCCGUGUUGUCUCGAUCGGCAGCGAGAUCUGCGAGCAAGAUCGUGGCGGCGACAAUGAGCAUCCUCGUGCCACCGGCCUCAGCAAUCUCGAAAGAACCGCGAGCAUCGGCAGCGGCAACGGCGAAGGCCCGUACGUAUCCAUGUUCGAGCUUGGCCCCAUCGUCGCUUUCCCAGAAGAAAAUCAGGAGUGUGCCAAAGGGCUCGACGAGACGCCGGAGCUGACGGUGAGCGGCCUCGUCGCGGCACUCCGAGCCCAACGGAGGGAGCUCGAGGCGGUGCGCGCCGAGCUCGAAAGCGAGCGGCGCGCCAAGGCGGGGGAGGUGGAGCGCCGGCGGCAGCUCGAGGAGCAAGGUGAGUUCGACCGGGAGGCGGUGCGGGUCGCCAUGCAGCUCGUCCACGAGACGGAGACGGAGAAGCACGGGCUGCAGCGGCAGCUCGACGCGUGCAGGGUCAGGGCGCAGCUACACGACGUCGCCGUGGACCCGGACUCGGCUCCGUUCAACCGGCUGGGCAGCCGCCGGAGUCGGGACGGUGGCGGUGAUUUGAUCGAGCAGGAAGACUGCGACGACAACAAUUACCAGUCGCUGGUGGAUUUCUUGCCGGGUUCGGUCUACUCCUCGUCGCCGGACCUGGCCAACCUGCUGAAGCUGUACACCGAGGGCAACGGCGCUCGCCGUGUGAGGGAUGGCGAUACUGGUAUCAAGGAGGCACUGAUCGCCGAGGACGAGGAGGAAGAGGAGCAGCUCGCCAUCACGGUCUCAGCUGUUUCGGGUUUCAACGGCGGGAACGAUGAGGAUGCUAGCAGUGUUGCUGCUGCAUCUUUACAUGAAAGUGGUAGCAGUCACGUCCAAACCGCCCUGUCCUGGUAAACUCGGCGGUCAGCAGAUCUUGUCGGAACAACACAAAACGAAGCAGAUAUAUACGUGCAUGAUGUAUCGCAUCGCUGCGUAUUUGUAUUC